AUGAAUAGUCAUACACCAAUAAGCUUGAUGGAUAUCAGUUUCUGUCUUUCUGAGAUAUCUACUCAAAUAACUGAAUAAAUAAAUAAUCAAAAUGAGUAGAUUCAACUAAUGUACACAGAAAAGUAAAAAACUCUGGAAAAAUUACAAAAACAACUAGAGAAGAUGAAUCAAGUGAUUUCUAGAAUGUAUGAUAAAUAACCUCAACAAACAUUAAACUAGAUUCAAAUUCUUAGGAAUCAGUAAUAUAAAUAUGAACUUUAAAUGGAAGAAGAUUUAGAGCUUCCUUGUUACAGAAACAGAAUUUUUCAAAUAAAACUUAAGCUUGUUUAAAAUGAAAGAACAAUAAUAAAUGUAAAUAAUCUCCUUGUUGAAUUACAAAUGUAUGUAUAGAAAGUAAUAUUAGUUGGACUUAUGACAAAAUUCCUAAAAAACUUACCCAUAAUAACAAACACCAAUCAAUUUUUAAAGGAUGUUAAUAAACUGUAAUAAAAAAAGGGUAUGGUAGCUUAAGCCGAAUUCAAAUUAAGGAAGUUUCUUCACAUUUUCCAAAAGGGACAUUUAUGAUGAUUAUUUUACCAAUAGAUGAUGGGGCUGUAAUUGGAGAAGAGAGGUAAUAAUAUAAUAUUAUUUUAGUAAAUUUAUCAUAAAAAAAGAGUGGAUAAAGCCUUUGAUUAUAAAUGAUGUGUCAAUAAAGGCAAAAAAAUUUUCUGAUAGGCAUAAUCCUUAUUAUGCUAAAUCUGAUGGAACAAUCAAUAUUUUGGAAUAGGAAUGA